AGACAUUUCGCUGCGGCCAGAGAAAGGUUGCCAACUAGCUGUGUGCCAUCUGCCCCGCUCUUGCUGUGGGUGAAACGACCAACCAGCCGUUUCCUGUGUCUGCAGCCAGCUGUGCCACCGCCAACCCAGGGCACCCUCUAUCGUUGAACAAGAGAAAGAACUACAACUUCCAGCAGUUCUUCCUGCACGUAGGGCAGGUCGAGGCGGCGCCGUUCGCCUGCCACCUACUGGUCAAAAGGAAACACUGCGCCCCUGCUGCCGUGCGCCGGCGUAAACCUGCCGCGCUGGUACGCCAGGACUAACUACACGUCCCAGGAGCCUUUGCUCCGCAGCGACUGGGCGGGUGAGCCCCGGGGACGACUUGGGCCGCCGGAGCAGCACGGAGCUAUGGCUUUUGCGGCGGGAUUCUUAUUGGGCCCCACCGGAAGGUCAGCGGCACUGCUGGGCAGCAGAUGGCUCCAGCCCCGACUGUGGCUGGGGAUCCCUGCCCCGCUGCAGGCCCGCGGCAAGGCGCGCGGGAACGAGUACCAGCCGAGCAACACCAAGCGCAAGCGCAAGCACGGCUGGGUCCGGCGGCUGAGCACCCCGGCCGGCGUCCAGGUCGUUCUGCGCCGCAUGCUCAAAGGGCGCGCGUCGCUGACCCACUGAGGACCGCGACCCUCGGAUCUCGGCACUGCGUGAGUGCGGAAGACGCCGACGGGAGUGCACCAGAUUGUGAGGAUGGCCUGGAGAUUUGGGGAGGACUGGGAAUGGGGGCGUGGCAGCCACACUAGGCCAGCAGCUGCCCAGCCCCGCAUUUGCACGGUGGGGGCUUCCGCACCCUCGCAGCUGUCCACGGAAAGGAAAUGCGCACGCCGUUUAACCGCUGCAGCAGGACCAAUGAAUACCCUCAGCCCUCCACCUCCCCCGAGUUACUUCAGAGCUGAUCUCAGGCAUCGGAUUAUUUUCUGUAAUGUUUCAGAUGGCGUUUCCAAGAUAAGAUCUUUUGAAAGCAUGGUCACGAAUUUAUGUCCUCUGCAAAUGACAGUGGUUUCUA